AUGGAAUAUGUCGCGGUGCUGAGGAAGUUAGCACAGGAUUGCAACUACGGAGACAAGUUGUCAGAAACGCUCUGCGACAGAUUGGUUUGUGGGAUUGGAGAUGACCGUAUCCAGCGAAGGUUGUUGUCAGAACCGGAUUUGACUUUUGACAAGGCAUUGAAGCUGGCCCAGGCUAUUGAGACAGCCAGCAAGGAUGCGAAAGACUUACAGUCACCAGAGCCGGCAUCCUCACAUGCGAGGGCACCUCAAGCUGUGCACAAGAUGACUGCAAGGCAAGGCCCCAGUAAGCAGCAGCAACAGCAAAAGGCUUGCUACCGGUGUGGAAGUGAACAGCACAGGUCGGUGGACUGUCGGUACGUUAAAGAAACCUGUCACAAGUGUGGUAAGACUGGCCAUAUACAGAGAGUGUGCAGAUCCAAGGGCUCAGCGAGUGUCUCAAAUAUUAAAGGCAACGGAGGACAACAAUCAAGUAAGCAUGUGAAAACUCAGGGAGCGAAUUAUGUCAGCCAUGGGGAGGAGGGACAAGAUGACACCGACACGGAUGAAGUCAUGUUCACACUGUACAAGGUGGAGGAGAUAGAUAUACAGGCCGAAGAGCCUUUCAUAGAGACACUGACAGUUGAUGAGACUGAAAUGCAGUUUGAAAGAGACUCGGGUUGUGGUGUAACAGUAAUGAACCACUCUGUGUUCAAACAAUUAAGGCAGGAAGAGGAACCAGCCCUACAACCCUGCAGAGUGAGACUCCGAACAUAUACAGGACAGAGUAAAGUCUUGGGAGCAGCGAUGGUCAAAGUGCAACACAAAAUGCUACCUGUGGUAGUAGUGGAAGGAACAGGCCCUAGUCUGGUUGGCAGGAACUGGAUUAGGAGGUUAGGCUUAGAGUGCAAACCAGAACCCCAAAUCAACCAAUUAAGGGAAGAGACCUUGGAGGAGGUACUUGGGGAGUAUGUGGAGGUCUUUAAGGAAGAGCUGGGGAAAUUCAAAGGGCCGCCAGCAAAAAUAUAUGUGGACAAGGAUGCCCGCCCCAAGUUUUUUAAGGCCAGACCUGUUCCAUAUGCCAUGAGAGGAAGGGUGGAGGCUGAACUGGACCGUCUCAUAGCCCAGGACUUAAUCAAACCAGUGAAAUAUGCUGAGUGGGCAGCACCUGUGGUUCCGGUGCUCAAACCAGAUGGCACAGCAAGGCUGUGUGGAGACUACAAACUGACAGUAAAUCAGGUAUCAAAACUAGAGCAGUAUCCAAUUCCCAGAAUUGUGGACCUGUUUGCCAGGCUGUCAGGUGGACAGAAAUUCACUAAACUAGAUCUGAGUCACGCAUACCACCAAAUCCCAUUGGAUGAGGAAGCAAAAAGGUAUGUGAACAUUAACACACACAAGGGCUUGUUUACAUACAAAGUGUUACCUUUUGGAGUGUCAUCUAGCCCAGCUAUUUUUCAGCGAACCAUGGAGGGACUGCUGCAGGGCAUUCCUGGGGUGGCCAUUUUCUUGGAUGACAUCUUGCUGACAGGAAAAGAUGACCAAGAGCACCUGCAGACUCUUUCCACAGAGCUAAAGCGGCUACAGGAUGCCGGUCUCAGGCUCAAGAGGACCAACUGCUCGUUCAUGGUUGAGGAAGUGAUGUUCCUGGGACACAAAGUGGAUGCAACAGGACUGCACCCAGUCAAUGAGAAGGUACAAGCAAUACAAGAGGCACCCACACCUUCAAAUGAGACAGAGUUAAAGGCAUACUUAGGGCUUUUGAACUAUUACAACAAGUUCCUGAAAAAUCUGUCAACGGUACUGGCUCCACUGCACAAACUACUGAAGAAAGAGACAAAGUGGCAGUGGGGAGAGGCCCAGCAGGCAUCAUUUGAAAAGUCAAAAGAAAUGAUGCAGUCAGCUGAAGUACUGGUGCAUUAUGACCCAGAGAAGGACAUUGUGUUGUCAUGUGAUGUUUCACCCUAUGGAAUAGGAGCCGUGCUGUCACAUCGCAUGUCGGAUGGAACUGAAAGACCCAUUGGAUUUACAUCACGGACCCUCAAUGCUGCAGAGAGGAACUACUCUCAACUGGAUAAGGAAGGGCUGGCAGUGUUGUUUGGAAUAAAACGCUUCCACAAGUACAUUUAUGGACGGAAGUUCACUAUAGUGACAGAUCACAAACCAUUGUUGUCACUUUUUAGUGAGAUGAAAGCAGUACCACAAAUGGCAUCACCCAGGAUCCAACGAUGGGCUGUAACCUUGAGAGCUUAUGAAUAUACAAUCGUGUACAAAGAAGGGAAGUACCACAACAAUGCUGAUGCCUUGAGCCGCUUGCCGUUACCAGAGAAACCUGUCCUGGAGAGGACAGAAGAGAGGGUUCUCAUGCUGGAGAGCGCCGACAUUACACUGGUAACUGCUGAGCAAGUGAAGACAUGGACAGACAAGGAUCCAGUACUCUCACGAGUGCGGGAAAUAGUGCACAGAGGCUGGACAUCAGAACUGAAGGGGACAGAAUUUGCCCCCUAUGAAGUGAGGAAGCAUGAACUUAGUAUUCAAAAUGGGUGUGUGCUUUGGGGGGCGAGAGUCAUUAUGCCAAAGCCAGGCCAAGAAAAUGUGCUUAAGCAGCUCCACCAAGGUCACCCAGGAGUAUCCAGAAUGAAAGCGUUGGCCAGGAGUUACGUAUGGUGGCCAAAGCUGGACAAAGAAGUGGAGGAUACUGUCAAGUGUUGUGAAACCUGUCAAGAGCACAAAAAUGCUCCUGCACCUGCUCCAUUACACCGCUGGAACUGGCCUGACAAGCCAUGGAGUCGUCUUCAUGUAGAUUAUGCUGGACCAUUUAUGGGGAAGAUGUUCUUUGUGCUGAUUGAUGCUCAUUCAAAAUGGAUGGAUGUGUAUCCAGUAAACUCUGCUACUUCAGCCACCACCAUCGAGUGUUUACGUACCAGUUUCAGUAACCAUGGACUGCCUGAGUUGUUGGUGUCUGAUAAUGGCACAUGUUUUGUCAGCACAGAGUUUAAAGACUUUCUGAGUAAAAAUGGUAUUCGUCAUGUGACCUCUGCACCUUACCAUGCCUCCAGUAAUGGGUUAGCAGAGAGAGGGGUCCAGACAUUUAAAAGAAUGAUGAAAAAGUGCCCAAAAGGCACACUAACAGCCAAGGUAGCCAGAGUGUUGUUUAGUUACAGAGUAACUCCUCACACUACAACAGGCCUGUCACCCAGACCUCAGCCUCAAGUGCUGUUAGGUAAUGGGAGAGUCGUCCGGAGACAUGUGGACCAGAUUCAUACCCAGCAUCAGAGACUAGAGCUAAGCAGUGCGGGACAACAAGCUGAGUCAACUAAGCAAAGCUCAGCUGCCAUCCUGGAAGAGACAUGGAUGGAUGUGGGAGAGACGGUGCUUGUCAGUGAGAAGUCGGAGAAGCCAGCAGCUACAGAAGCUGCAGGACAAUCAGAGACAGACAAAGGGACCGUGGCACUGGAAAGUCCAGUGAGGAGACAGUCAAAAAGGGAAACCAAGUUGCCUAGUUACCUUAAGAAUUUUCAGUUAACUAAGUAG